AUAAUUCCUGGUUUUGAUCUUUAUUUUCUCUUUUAUUGAGGCAUUUUUUGAUUGAUUUCCACUUGUUUCAGGUGAAAAACUUUUUGACAUGACACAUACAUAUGGGUAAAUAUUGACUUUGGGAGUUUGUGGCUGUUAGUAUUUGCUAUUCCUUAAUGCCAGCUUUAUUUUAGGAUUUGCUUUGGAUCUCUGUGCUUCUCAGGACAACUAAUCUCCAUUAUUUACCAUGGGGUUCAGUAUUAAAGCACAUAUCACUUAAUUCUAGAAUUGUAUCGCUUUUCAGGCACAUGCACUGAUUUUGUGUGGAAAGGGUUCUUCUGAAUUCAGAAAAAUAUGUUGUAACUUUCAACUUCCUUUUAAACAAGUAGAAAGGGAUUACCUGUGUCUGCUCUGCCAAAGUGAGGUAUCAAUGCAGUGCUGCAGGCAAAAAUUUGAAUUAACAUUGCUGUGAUAUAGUCAGAUCAUUUCCCAUGGGCUUUUUUUGCAUUUAGUUGCAUCUUCUGAUGCUCCAGCAAAUGCUCCAAACUCAUCAAGUGAGUGAUGGAUGUGUUUGUAAAGGCCUGGAUGGUCAUUUUACAUGAAAUGAUAAACCCACUGUUGUUCUUAAUGGGGUCAGUGAAGCAAUCAGGAAAGAAAUAUAUAAUUCUGUAACGUGGGUCUGUAAGCAUGAUACUUCUUAGGCUUUUUUAAGUUUAAUGAAGCAGCUACUCAGCAGCUGAACCUUCUUGUUAAACAGUCUCAGCACGGAUUUUAAAACUAAAACGUUGCUGAACGCCACGGUCUCCUUAGAGAGUCUGUGGCUGUUAUUCUCUUGAAAUGUCUGCAUCUUUUAUAUGUUAAUGGUUUUGACAAUCAGCCAUUUGCUUCAUUUUCAUUGUAAAUGAGGCCCAGAGUCCGAUUCCCUUCCCCAAUCCCUGAGCACUCUCUCCCCUGUAAGCUGUCUCAUCAGCCUCCAGCUCGCUCCCUGGGGUGUGUGUGGUCUGGAAAUAGCUGAAGUAAUCCUGCAAAGCAAACGCUUUGCCAAAGCAUUUUCCUAUUUUAGAUGCCUUUCUAAGAACACGAGUCCCUGUGUGGAAAACUUGUGUGGUGCAAGUGGUCCAGCAUCCACAGCAGAGCUCUGUGAAAUCUUACCGCCAAGGACAUCCCUUCAGGGGGCUUCCAAAGGUUUGUGCUGCUAUUGCACAAACCCAGCAAAAGUCACAAGAUGGGGACCCCCUGCCCAGAGCCAUGAGGACGAACCGCUGCAGCCACCUGCCUGGAGUCCCUCCGGAGUGCCCGCGCCCCACGGCCCCCGAUGGCAAGAGCCUGCCCAGCAGCAGCAGCAGCGGGGGCCUGGCCACCAGCUGUCCCCAGUAUGUCAUGCAGGUGUCCUCCAAGGAUGGGCAGCUGCUCUCAUCCGUCGUGCGGACCCUCGCCGUGCAGAGCAGCCCCUUCAAUGACCGUCCCAUCUGCAGGAUCUGCCACGAGGGCAGCAGCCACGAGGAGCUGCUGUCCCCCUGUGAGUGCACGGGGACGCUGGGGACCAUCCACCGCAGCUGCCUGGAGCACUGGCUGUCGUCCUCCAACACCAGCUACUGCGAGCUCUGCCACUUCAGGUUCGCCGUGGAGCGCAAGCCCAGGCCACUCCUGGAGUGGCUGAGGAACCCUGGCCCCCAGCACGAGAAGAGGACACUCUUUGGGGACAUGGUGUGCUUCCUCUUCAUCACCCCGCUGGCCACCGUCUCCGGCUGGCUGUGCCUGCGAGGAGCCGUGGACCACCUGCACUUUAGCAGUAGGCUGGAAGCUGUCGGCCUCAUUGCACUCACUGUGGCACUCUUCACUAUUUACCUCUUUUGGACCCUGGUGUCCUUCAGGUACCACUGCCGGCUGUACCACGAGUGGCGUCGGAAUAAUCAGCGGGUGAUGCUCCUCAUCCCAAAAUCUGCCAACAUCCCCUCCACCCAGCAGUCCCUGCUGGGCCUGCAGCCCCUCAAAAGGAGCUCCAAGGAGACAAUCGUGUGAUUUGGGGUGGGGCUGUACACUGAAGGUGUUUCUUUCUCAGACUGGCCGGGGUCGGGGCAGCGCCCGGCACCCAGGAAUGUGCAAUUUGGAUUUAUGGACCGACUGCAGAGGGAAAAGUCACAGCCAGAAUUCAAGUCAUGGAUGCUGCAGUCAUUUGUGGCAUUUGCUAAGCUGCCAAACGUGUUUAGUUUAGCAGGGACCCUAUGGAUUCUGCAAAUGUGUUAAUUCUUGCGUCAUAGAGUGAUGCAAACUUUUUUUAUUGUUUAAAGUAUUAGACUAUGGUAAUUAACAAUGCAAAACAGGUUUAAAAAGUGCUUUGUUUUUAUGAUUUCUUGCUCCUACAGUACUGUUUCUUUAGGCAGCUGGACAGUAACCAAUAUUUCUUUCUGCUUCCUAAAGCACAGCAAUGGCAUUUCCUCAUUUGAUUUUAUCUGCAGGUCCAUUAUACCAAUGUUUUGAUUAUUAAAAUUUGUGUGUAAUGAGCUCUAGAAAUUGGCACAUUAUUUAAAUGCCACAAAGUGAUUAGAAAAUCCUAUUACCCAUUUCCUAUUUGGCAGAGAAGGCCUGACAGGAAGAUUCUUCAGUUAUGAAUCUAGCAGGAACAAGAAAAAUUAAAAAAUUAGACAAAUUGCAGCAAUCUUCCUAUCAAAAGUAUUAUAGUACAUAGCACUCAGGAGAAAAAAGAAAAAAUGUACUUUUCCAUGAAGAAGCACCACAUUCUUCAGUGAGGUGCACAUUCUGCUGUUGUGAAUUCAAACUUGGCCAAUUUGUCCUGCAUUUACACCAGUCUGAAUUUAACUCAACAGCUUACUUUUGUAUAGGGAAAGCUCUGCAUACAUAAUGAAUGAGAUCAUCAGAUUCAAGUUUUAGGAAGCAGGGACUCAUCUUGCAUGAAGAACAGCAUUACUUUAAAGCAGCAGAAACUCCAGCUUGACAGGUAGGAUUUAGCAGAGUGUGUGCAAACCCUGACCUCUCAUGGUAGCACUGAGACAAAAAAAAAAAAAAAAAAUUAAAAACAUUUAAUACACAGUUUUCUGUGGUGGCCAAAUUGAAUUUGGAGUGUAAAGAUCAGACUUUAUUCCUGGGUGGCUUUAUCUGCUUCCCCUUGGUUUUAUGCCCAAUUCAUUCAGCAAUUCUUCACUCCCAGAAGAGACACACUUAUGUAGACAGAUUUAUUUUAAAUAACUAUACAAGAUCUCAUUACCAAAUGCUGCUAGAAUUAAAAAUCGAUACAGAGCCUCUCUGAACAGAUGAAUUUCUUAGAAUUGUGUAUGGAUGGCAAUACCACCAUGUUCUCUUUUUUCCAAACACUGCAGGAAUUGAAAAUCAAAAGGAAGUCAUAGCAGGAAGGCUAAUGAUUUGUUAUUCAUAAUGUUCAAGGUAUUAUGGGUAUUUACCAUCAGACAAGAAGUUAUUUGAUGUCUUGUGUGUGCUCUGUGGCGGGGAGGGGGAAGAAAGCUUAGUAGACAAAGCCAAAUCUGUUAAAUUUAUUUAUUCUGUCUGUGGACCAGUCUAGCUGUGAGCAUGUUAUUUAACAAUGUUCUUUGUCAGUCAUGGGGAUCGGAGAACCAUGGGGAUAUACAGCAAUAACAGCCUCAUUCCAACAGAAAGGAACUCACACAACCAGCCAAGGUGUGUAGUUAAAUCGUGAACCUGCAGACUCGUCUGACAAGGCUGGGGUUGCUCAUGUUUGGCUGUGAAUAUCUGCUUCUCUUCCGGAGAAAACGAUACAAGGCUCUGAAGACAAGGAUGUCACAACCUCUGUGAGAGCCUAAAACCUGUAGUGCUUUAUUUUUCUUUUAAUACCUCUUCCCAAAAGGUAAAGAACUGUUUGGAAUGAAGACUGAAUGUGCAUUUAAGCAGAAUUCCAGAUCAAAAAUAAAUAAAUAAAUGAAAAUAUCUGCUGGCCAGGGGGCAAAGAAAUAAAGCAAAUCUAGCUGGGUCA